GAGAAAGCGACGGGCGCUAGAGCAACGAUCACGGCCUUGCAUUCCCCGUCGCUAGCGAGCGCAGGCCCUCCUAGUAAUUCACAGUGGAUCAUUGUGAAUCAAAUCGUUUAAAACGCGUUAUCGUUCACCAGCUCGCUGGUCGUCGUUUCUUGAAUACGUGAAUGGGACAGUCGAGUUCGGACGAUCGUUACGAAUGAGACGGAAAGAGCUGCCGAGGUCGAGUUGUCCGAGCAUAAAGUGUGCCUUCGUUAGGUGACAAAGCAGUCCUGGUCGACGAUCGUGUUUGACGUUUCUGCACCCGUCGUCCAUCGCCCGCUUUUGUGUUAGUCGUUAGUCUGCUUGGACGCGAAGAGUUUUAAGCGCAAAGCGCUUAUUGUCAUAUAAGUUAGUCAUCAAUCAUUUUUCGUCGAAGAUCACUUGGAGGGAAAGCAUUAGAGCUAAAUGAGGCUAAUGGAACCAUUGGGUGUUGAUCCCAACGUAAUUGAAGUAACAGCAUUGAAAAGAUGGGCAGACUUCCCAACCCAGGAUCGAUUUACCGAUUAUUCAAACGCCUUGGGUGAAUCGGCAAAUUAUACCACAAGUCCGUUUCCUUGUCAAUCAGAACUUAAUAAUAAAAUAGCACUAUGGACUGGCGAUAUAUCUGUCUUGCAAGUCGAUGCAGUAGUCAAUCCUACCAAUGAAACUAUGGAUGACAAUUCAUUAACGUGCCAAAGAAUAUUUCUCCGAGCAGGGCCUGGUCUUGAAAAAGAAAUUUACAACGAAAUUAAAGAAUGCAGAACUGGUGAAGUAAGGACAACACAGGGUCAUGGCUUGCCGGCUCGCUUUAUCAUUCAUACAGUGGGGCCAUUAUACAAUACCAAAUAUCUAACGGCAGCUGAAAAUACUUUACACUGCUGUUACAGAAACGUUCUACAAAAAGCAAAGGAACUCGGAUUGCGCAGCAUUGCCUUGCCAGUCAUUAAUUCGGUGCAGCGGAAUUACCCACCAAAUGAAGGAGCACAUAUAGCCCUACGAACAGUGAGGAGAUUUCUGGAACAGUAUAGCGAUUUUAUUAGCUGUGUCAUUUUCGUGCUGGAACCGAGCGACUUAGGAAUUUACGAAGGUCUUUUGUCGCUCUACUUUCCGCGGACUUCAGCAGAAGAGGAAAACGCGUGUUGGAAACUACCUGCUGAUAUAGGAGGUAUGGACGGAGAACCUCAAUUUCCUGAUCGUCAGAUCAGAAUCAUCGACAAUCCCCAGCAUACUCUUCACGCUAAUGAUGUGGAUGAAGCUGUCGAUCUGACAUCGCAAUUGGAGACUUCAAUUAAUCUUGGUGAUCAUGAAUUCACGCAAAUGCAAGGAGAUCUAGACCGACAAAGACUGCUUGGAGAAAGACCCCUUACAGAUCCUCUCGCUGACUUGCUCAAGCAGAUGCAACACAAAGAGCGGUACGAGAGGCUGCUCAGACGUGCCAAAAUGGAGGACCUUUCAGAAGUUUCUGGAAUCGGUUGUUUGUAUCAAAGUGGAGUUGAUCGUCAGGGUCGACCUGUUGUUGUCUUUGUGGGCAAGUGGUUCCCAGCCAACAACGUCAAUCUCGAUAAGGCAUUGUUAUACCUGAUUCAGCUUCUGGAUCCUAUCGUGAAGGGAGACUACGUGAUUGCCUACUUUCACACUCUCACUACUAACAACAACUACCCUAGCUUCAGUUGGCUCAGAGAAGUCUACAAUGUACUUCCCUACAAGUACAAGAAGAACUUAAAGCAUUUCUACAUCGUACACCCUACCUUCUGGACUAAGAUGAUGACGUGGUGGUUCACAACGUUUAUGGCGCCGGCGAUAAAGCAGAAAGUUCACAGUCUACCUGGUGUGGAGUAUCUUUACGAAGUCAUGUCUCCGGAUCAACUCGAAAUUCCUGCAUACAUAACCGAGUAUGACAUGACGAUAAAUGGACUUAGAUACUACCAACCAGAUCAUUCAUCGCAGGCUUCUACGUAACUGUCGGCUUAGACCGAAGUUACGGUUGUUUGAAGCUUCUGGCGUGGGACAAUCUCCUCUUCAACACAUAACUUAUCUCCUCUUCGAAUAAAUGCAACGAUUUGAGAUCAGGAUUUCGAUAAUCUAUUUUGGCAGGGUCGCUUGUUUAUCAAUUAUCGUUAAAAUUGUUGAUCCGAAAUCGGAUGUAGCUAUAAAUGGAAAGGGAGAGAGAAAUGUUCGUGAAUAGAACUUGGCGAAAGUCGCACGUUCUCGACGUCACAGGAUGUGUGUUUAAAGGCAGCGAAUGAUACAGAUGCGAUGAGUUGCAAGGAAUUUUGCGUAUCGCACUGAUGAAAACUUUUCCUCCUAAAUCACUAUAUUAAACAGUACUGCGUUUUUGCCACGUAGUGGAUUAUGAUCUGAGAAAUCAAAUUAAUACUACAUUGCAAAAUGAAGUUCGUUACGUGGUAACAAGUAGAUUAUUUUUUUUUUAAUCCAGUAGACUCUGUGAGUUGAAAGAAGGUUACGGUUGCACUCGAAGCGACAACCUUUGUGCCUUUUAAAAAAUGCAGUUUUAUGCAAAACUAUAAACCGAUUUUGUUAUCUCUUCGCAAUAUGUACUUAUGAAAAAACAUAACAACGAGAGCUGCACUUCUAUUCUGUAUAUACCUAUCUUUCUAAAGCAAAGAACAGCAUUUAUCAAAAUUAAAUAUAGAUCCAUUCCACUUUGCCAAUUUUAAGAAAAUUUGAAUUCAAUUUAUUCCUGCAACAAUCUCAAAGAUUCCUCAAAGAUAGAAUAUAAAGUCGUAGCUACAGUCCAAGAGAAUGGUGCUAGUAGGAACACUUUUAUAAAAAUCUUUCUUUUGUUUAUUUUCUCUGUGAUGACUUUCUUCGUGUAUUGCGUGGAAACAGACUGACUUUCUGGCAAGGACUCUUUCUCUACACUGUCAAAUGUGCCAAUUAAAGAGAAAAAUUCUCAAGUUAGCGGAAAAUUUCAAUAUAUACAUUACUGAUAUAAAAGAGGUCAAAGAACGACUUUACGAUUAAAUCUUCAUAAAGAAAUCUAUAAUAAUAAACUUUUUGCGCAGUAGUGUAGUCAGUGUUUUAUAAAACAUGAAACAAGCAAACAAUUUUCUUAUCUCAAAUGUAUUAUUUAAAGCACUGAGUCUCGAUGUCUUCUUCCGUUCUCUCUCCCUUUCUUUUCGAAAAUUAGUGAAAGUAGAGAAAGUUUACCACUAUGUUCCGUAAUUUUUCGAGAUGUGCCAUAGUUCUUCCGCAAUUUCGCCAAAAUCCACAGUGUUCUGGUUUUUUUAAAAGAGCUUUUAUUCGCGCAAAUAAGAAGAGUUACGACAAGAUAUGCACAUGCAAUUACGAGACAUUAAGGUAAAUUACCUCUUUCGUCACUCGACGAGUUUGUUGUACCACGUGUUCAAUUCGCGUUGGAAUAGUUGUACUAAACUUUAAUUCGAUCGAUUCGCAUCAAAUCAGUCUUCGUUAUCCUGUUAAAAACCGGUGUUUACAAUUAAUAGUCUGUAUCCAUAGGCUUGAAAAAACAGGCAAUCAUCAAUAUUCGUUAAUAAUUUCGAGUUAUGUAUUCUCCUAGCUAUUUACACAUACUCAAAAACACACACAUAUACACACACACACAGAUACGAAAACUAAUCAUUCCCAUUGUAGCACCAUAUGGUGAUAUCUGGUGAAAAUCAAAUUAUAUUCACACCUCGUAAGAAUCUCAGGUGUGAGAUACAUUGCGGUGUCUUACUUAGAAGUAACAUGAUCGAAUUUAAGAGUCCCAUAUGCAAAUAAUUAUUAUAUAACAGGUUAUGGGCUCAUCAACGCUGGGCUCAUAACAUGUUAGCCAAUGUAGUUUAGAAAAAUAUGUUCUCUAGCAAGAUUGUGGGACCUCGAUUCUCUUGAUGAAAUACUCAUUAUCUUUAUUUUCGUACAAUGUUUUAAUAUUUAAUUCUUCAUAAUAGAGAGUUUAUGUUUCAUUAAAAACAAUUUUUUAAACAUUAUUCUAUCUAGUCCAUUUCUCAGUUAUAACAUUGAGAGAUUUUCAUAUAAGUAAAAGACACGAAAUCCCACAGUUUUCUUGAAAAUUUACCAUGUAUCAGAUUCUAUCGCCAAUAUUUUCCUGUAGAGUCGACGGAAUCGCCGCAAUUGAAGAACCGUUAUAUAGUGUAGUUUACUUGUUCACGUUUAAUUAUGUCUAGUAAGAUGUUUGUUUGUUUUUUACGUUAAAGUGUUAGUUACAGAUUGAAACGACCUGAAACCCGAGAGUCGCUGUCGGCUUUGAGUCAUUAUUAUGUAGAUUAUAAAACGGCCGCAAAGGUUGGCUGACUGCUUAUUAAAGAAAAGGAAAAAAGUGUAUUGGGCGACACGUGUCGCUGAAAAUCAGUAUUUUUAACACCAUGCACGGGACUGGUGUGACGGUUACUGUUAUAUGUUGUGCCGAUGCUCACUUUUGUAAAUAAAGAAAAAACAUAUAUGUAUAUGCAGUCGGUACAAUAAUUUUUAUAGUUUAGAAGGCUGACAAUCAGUUUAAGGAAGUUGACAAAAAGAUGGUAGAGAAAAAGAGGAAAAAAGUAGUGGAUAAAAAAAAGAUACUCAUCUAAUAGCCUAAGUCGGCGUCUUUUCGCUCCGGUUGCUUACCUUUAUUUUCUUAUCAACUGUUAUUAUACGAAGAGUAUCUAUUUAACUGUAGUAUACGAAUGAUAUUUUACUAUCGUGACUUUGCUAAAUAGAUCAAAUCAAAUCGAAUCGGCGAAUCGUAUUUUCAGGAUAACUAGUUGAUAUUUAGAGUAUAUAACCUCUUGCGUAGCUUCGGCUUCGACGAUUGGCCCCAAGAAUAAUUUCAAUUUAUUAGUCACUUUUUCCCCUGACCAUUCUCUCUUAUCUUCAUUUUCCUCACGGAUGUUUCUCGAGUUCCAAUCGGAAGAAUCAGCAUGCUGGCCAAUCGACGGAGGCGGUAGGAGGCGUGGUAAAAGUAAGAGGAGUAAUUAAAAUAAGAGCUUCGCUACAAAUUACCCAUCAUCCGUCAAGGAAAUUUGAAAUUGUUAUCGGUUUUUAGUGACCAACCACCUAUGAAUAAAUUGACCAAUUCAUUCGUUUUAA